GUUGUUGACUUUGCGCUCAAAACAAGUCGGUUUUUCGUUCAAUGAUAACAGACGUUCGGAUUUCUGAAUAUUUCAUUCUUGUCAUAUUUCUAAAACACUGAAGUAAUUCAUUAUCAGAGACAAUUUAAACUAAACAAAUACUAUGCGCGACGCAAAUGCAAACGAACGAACUGCACUCACCACUGGUACUGGUGGUGCAGAUUCAUUCGAAAUUUCCCCUAAAGAUCUACAGAAAUUAAUGGACUGUCGUAAAUUGGAGGCUGUUAAAUAUCUUAAUGAAAAAUACGGUGGAGUUGUAGGAUUAUGUCGAUUACUUAAAACAUCUCCACAAGAUGGUUUACAUGAAGAUGAUUUCUCUAAACGUAUUAAUACAUUCGGUGCUAAUGUUAUACCACAACAACGUGCUAAAACAUUUUUAAGAUUAAUGUGGGAAGCUUUACAAGAUUUAACAUUGAUUGUUUUAAUUGUUGCUGCAUUCAUUUCACUUGCAUUAUCACUUUAUAUAAAAUAUGGACAAGCACCAACAUUUGAUGAAUCGGAAGGACAAGCUGGUUGGAUUGAAGGUUUAGCCAUUCUAAUUGCUGUAUUUGUUGUUGUAUUUGUUGUGGCAUUGAAUGAUUGGCAAAAAGAACGACAAUUUCGUGGUUUACAAAAUAAAAUUGAAUCAGAGCAUACAUUUUUUGUUAUACGUAAAGGUGACACUAAACAAAUUCCUGUAAAAGAAAUUGUUGUUGGUGAUGUAUGUCAAGUGAAAUAUGGUGAUCUCCUACCAGCUGAUGGUAUAGUGAUACAAUGUAAUGAUUUAAAAAUUGAUGAAAGCUCUUUAACUGGUGAAUCGGAUCAAGUAAGAAAAAGUGAAACAAAAGAUCCUGUCCUACUUUCAGGCACUCAUGUUAUGGAAGGUUCCGGUAAAAUGGUUGUUACUGCCGUUGGACCGAAUUCACAAGCUGGUAUAAUAUUUGCUUUGCUAUCUUCUGGUUCUCAUGAUGAACAUGGUGGCGGUGGUCAAGAGAACAAAAAAGAGAAAAGCAAAACUAAAAAGAAUGGUAAAAAAGGGAAAAAGAACACUAACAAAGUACCAUCUGCUAAUUCCGAUGCUUAUCAAAUGAAAUCAAAGGAGAAUAAAACAAAAACUGAAUCUGAUACAGAACAGACUUCGAAACCGAAGAAAAAACCACGUCGUAAAGAACAAUCUGUGUUACAAGCAAAAUUAACUAAAUUAGCCAUACAAAUUGGUUAUGUUGGUACAUGUGUUGCAAUAGCUACUGUCCUGAUAUUAAUCAUAAAAUUUUCAGUACAUACAUUUGCACAAAAUAAAGAACCAUGGCAAACUGGAAAACAUUUGAAACAAAUAGUUAAUUAUAUUAUUACUGGUGUGACAGUAUUAGUUGUUGCUGUUCCCGAAGGUUUACCACUUGCUGUGACUUUAUCAUUGGCAUAUUCAGUGAAACGUAUGAUGAAAGAUAAUAAUCUAGUUCGACAUUUAGAUGCAUGUGAAACAAUGGGCAAUGCAACAGCGAUUUGUUCAGACAAAACUGGUACAUUAACUACAAAUCGUAUGACAGCUGUUCAAUGUUUCAUUGGUAAUAAACAUUAUAAACGUAUACCGACAGCUUCAGAAUUACCAGAAUCUAUCACCAAUUUCAUAGUAAUGAAUAUAUCCAUUAAUAGUGGGUAUACAUCGAAACUUUUGCCUCCCGAUAUUCCAAAUGCUUUACCUAAACAAGUUGGAAAUAAAACAGAAUGUGCUUUAUUAGGUUUUGUCAAAUCUAUUGGACGUAGCUAUGAAGAUAUACGUACACAAUGGAGUGAAGAACGUUUAUAUAAAGUGUACACAUUUAAUUCAAUACGUAAAUCCAUGAGUACAGUUAUUAAAGAAUCAGAUAAUCCAAUGUCAUUUUUAUUGUUUACUAAAGGUGCUUCAGAAAUGGUUGUUAAAUGUUGUUCUUGGAUGAUGGAUGAACAAAAUAAACCAAGACCAUUCAGUCUACAAGAUCAAGAACGUUUAACUGAAGCAGUGAUUGAACCAAUGGCAGGUGAAGGUCUUCGAACCAUUGGCAUAGCUUAUAAAAAAAUUACAAUAGCUACAAAUUCAAAAAGUCCGAAUGAUAUGAUUGUACAAAGUGAACCGAAUUGGGAUGAUGAAGAACAUUUAUUAGAAGGUCUUACUUUAUUAGGUAUUAUUGGAAUUGAAGAUCCAGUUCGACCAGAAGUACCAGCUGCUAUACGUCAAUGUCAAAAAGCCGGUAUCACUGUACGUAUGGUAACUGGUGAUAAUGUAAAUACAGCACGAUCAAUUGCAAUGAAAUGUGGUAUUAUACAACCAGGUGAAAAUUUUCUUGUUAUUGAAGGUAAAGAAUUUAAUCGACGUAUUCGUGACAAAGCAACUGGUAAAGUUAGACAAGAUUUAUUUGAUCAAGUGUGGAUUAAUUUAAGAGUAUUGGCUAGAUCUUCACCUCAGGAUAAAUACACAUUAGUCAGUGGGAUAAUUAACAGUCGUGCAGCCCCGUCACGUCAAGUAGUCGCUGUCACUGGUGAUGGUACAAAUGAUGGUCCAGCGUUGAAACGUGCAGAUGUUGGUUUUGCAAUGGGUAUAGCUGGUACAGAUGUAGCAAAAGAAGCAUCCGAUAUUAUAUUGACAGAUGAUAAUUUUUCAAGUAUUGUUAAAGCUGUUAUGUGGGGUCGUAAUGUAUAUGAUUCAAUUACAAAGUUUUUACAAUUUCAAUUAACUGUAAAUUGUGUGGCAAUUAUUGUUGCAUUCGCUGGAGCAUGCUUUUUAGAUGAUAGUCCAUUGAAAGCUAUACAAAUGUUAUGGGUCAAUUUAAUUAUGGAUACAUUGGCUAGUUUAGCAUUGGCUACAGAGCAACCAUCAGUGGAAUUAUUAGAUCGUGCACCAUAUGGACGUACUCAACCAUUAAUCAGUAGACAAAUGGCUAAAAAUAUCUUAGGUCAUUCUUUAUAUCAAUUGGGUGUUAUAUUUUUCUUAUUAUUUUAUGUUCAAUUAAUAAUGGAAGUCGAUAAUGUAUCGGGGAUAACAGUACAUGAACCAACACAACAUUAUACUAUAAUAUUUAAUACUUUAGUAUUAAUGACAUUAUUUAAUGAAUUUAAUGCAAGAAAAAUUCAUGGACAACGUAAUGUAUUUAGUGGUUUACAUAGAAAUCCAUUAUUUAUUAUAAUUUGGUUUGUAACAUUUUUAUUACAAGCAUUAAUUAUACAAUUUGGUUCAUAUGCAUUCAGUACAAAAGCAUUAGAAUUAGAUCAAUGGGCUUGGUGUUUAUUCUUUGGUGUUGGUGAACUUGUCUGGGGUCAGGUUGUUAAUACAGUACCAAAUGCAAUUAUACCAAAAUGUAAAUGUCGUAAACGUAAACGUCCUACAGUUGUCGGUGUUAACGAAAAUGCAGCUGAUGAAUACAUUAAAGAUGCGAUUGAAGUCGGUGAAGCUGAUGAAGAAGAAGAUGAAAUCUCUCCAUUAUCACUAGGUGGUGCUAAUAUGGGAAUUGGUGGACGUAUUUUAUGGAUUCGUGGUGUAAAUCGUAUUCAAACACAGAUGCAAGCUGUAAGUGGCCUUUCACGAAAGUAACUAACUAAACUCCUUGUGGGGUUGUUUGUUUGUUUGUUUUAUUAUUUUUUUUUAUACAUAAAGAAAAACGAUUGCUUCGGUGUUGUUCCUGUUCCGGUUGUUGUUGUUGUUGUUGUUGUUGUUAUAUGUGAUAUUACGUUUUCCAGCUUUUGUUUAGUUUUCAUUUUAUUAUCGCUGUGGUUGUUAUGUUUCACUUAUGCAUACUACCCUUAUACCUACUUAUCUUAUAUUCGACUAUUUGUGUGCACAUUUGUUCCGUAUUUUUGUUGUUGUUUUGUUAUUUGUUUUACUUUAAUCUCUUUAUUAUUUAUUAGAUUGUCAAAUCAUUAGUCAACUAUGAUAUCUUCAAUCAAUUUAGUUGCCAUGACAACAUCUAAUCAUAUUCAUAAUUCUUUACUUCUAUUUAAAGAGAUCUUUUUUCUCUUUGUUGUUGUUGUUGUUGUUGUUGUUCUCUUUACUUUCUUCUAUUAUUUACUUUUUUUAAAAGAACACAAAACAAACUGUUUUUAAGCAACAAAUAAAACAUUUAUAUAUAUAUAAUAUAUAUAUAUAUAUAUAUAUAUAUAUAUAUAUUAUAUAUUAUACUAUUAGGGAAACAAGGUGUCUAAUUUGACUGAAUACCAUUGAAUUACAUAAUAACUAUCUAUGUCAUCUGUUCCAUUGUAUUUUUAUAAUUAGAAUAAUGAAUAUUAAAACUAUUUGAGUAGGGUUGUUUGAUUUUGGGUUGUUUUUGUUUGUUUUUUUUAAUUUUUACGGAAGAAAAUCGAUAGGUUAGUUUAGUUGAUAAGGCACAUUUCCAUUGAAGGAUCAUGUUCAUUAUGACAUCAUAAAAAGGAGGUAUAAAUAAUCAAUGAAAUGAGCCCAUAUAUUUUGAUUGAUUAUGUAAUAAAAUCGAUUAGUUAGUUCAUUUCUCUAUUUAUCCACGUGAAUGUAUAAUUCAAUUAUAUUGAUUUUUAAUCGGAUCAUUUUUUUGUUUUUUUUAAAUUAAACAUAAGGAUCAUGGUAUAUACAUUUAUUGAUCGAACUUGAAACAGGUACCCUAAGCUGUAUGAGAUUUUCUGAAUGAGAAUGUGUAAAAAAUAAUGAAGGAUCUCCACAAAACAAAAACUCUUUAAUAUCGAAAUGAAUGAUAAAUUAAUCAGUGGAGUUCAACCAGGUCUGUUGUCAGGUAUCAGCUCACUGAAAACAAUGGUGUAUGGUGGCGCAACUUCGUGGACUGGUUGCAGUUAGACAUUAACACUAUUGGAUACCGGCUCAGUGAUCUAGUUGGUUAAGCGCUUGGCGCGAGACUGAUAGGUCCUGGGUUCGAAUCUCGCACUGCUGAGGAGUCCCAUACUAGGACAAAACGGCCGUCAAACAGUGCUUCCAGGUUUUCCAUGGUGGUGUAGCCUCAAUUGACUCAUGAUUUCAAUCUGUGAGAUAAAUUAAUCAUUGGACUGAAUUUGUGUGUUUUGUUUUUAAAAUCUAUUCAAAAACACUAUUAUGAAACUACCUUCAAUCUUGAUAUCGGUUUUUCAUGGAAAAUCCAAGUAAUUCAGUGAUAAUAUUUCUAUGUAUGACACUGAGUCAUGAGUUUAAAACUCACACAGAGAGAGAAUAUCAGCUACAUUGAAACAGCCGAUACACUUAACUACUGACAAGUUCUCAAGUUUAUGGAACCUUGAUGAUGUAUUGAUUCCUGUCAAGUACUCAUUAAUCAUCAGAAAGAAAAAACACGAUCUAUAUAUUCACGGAAACGGCAUAUAAAGUCAACCAACUUAUUCCACUGGUUAUCUUAGAUUGAAAUCGAUUUUCUUAGGAUGAAAGGGGGGGGGGUAAUGUCACGUCUUACGUUUUAACUACUGUGACAGUUUUUUUUUGUUUGUUUCAUUCUACAUCUGUUAGCCAUCAUUAUGGAUCUAUAUAGAUGGAACAGUUUUUUUCAACCAUAUUUAAAAUUUAUAGAAGAGUAUUUUUCUUUCAAAUUUAUCCAAAGUUGAUCGGUUUAUUUUUACACUUAUCAAUUACAGAGAAAGAGAUUUAUCAAGGCAACCAAGGACGCAACUGAAUAUUAAAACAAUUAAUGUCAUAUGUUUAAGAAUGUCUUCAUGAUAUUUCUAGAUAAAUUCAUCGAUUAUUAUAGUUUUACGGUCAUUAUUCAUACUAUCAAGGGAGAAGUUAUCUUUAUGUUUAGUUUGGUUACUACUCAGUAAAUUUCCAGUUUAUAUAUAAGAUGUUAUAUAUAAUAGUACUUUGAAGUUUCAAGUUAUUAAACUUAGUGUUAUAUAGUUAGUGGUCUUGAGUGCGAUUAGAGGUAUGAGGGCGGUUAUCGAUUCCCAAUUGCCCACACCAUGGAAGGGUUCUUCUAGAGGUAACUGAAAAGGAAAUUGGAUUAAAGGUGGUCUUAGUGACCUGAGAGCGUGAUCGCAGUGCCCAAGGGACAACUGCUUGAGGUGUUUUUGUGUUAGCUCCGUACUUGUUGAGACCUUACCACCGGAGACGGAUAUCCGUGGGAUAAGGUGAGAUGUAUAUUUUUAGGGUCAACCAUUUCUAACCCCACCCCUCCUUGUAGGAAGACAGCAUCGUUGUCAUGCUGGUUGUCUGAAGGAAACACCUUACUGCUGUCACACUUCUGUACAGUCAGCAGUACGACUUCGCCUUCGGAUCUUGGGUUUGCUGCUAUUAGUCUUAUCGCUCUUCAACCAACGUGUCUGACUGGCAUGUUAGGACCUUGAGGAACGAUUGUUGCAGUCAAUAUAACUGUAUCGGUUCAUCACGAUAGGCAAGCCCGACCACCACGUUGAGGUAGCAACAAUGGUUGGUGUUAUUUAGUACUUAUGUCGAUAUAAGUAGCUUACACCAUAAUGGAAUUUAACUAGAAUCAUCACUUUCUUUUUUUAAGUGUACUCUUUUAAAAUUGUGUUAUUCUAAAUUAUUAAACUGUUUAUUCUUAAUUAUAAGUGAACUAACUAUAAAUUGUACUGAUUUUGAUACGUCCAUUUAACUGUGGUUGAAUAAUCAUAUUCAUUCAACUUGGGUUAUAAUAAAAUUGUACUGAAAGUGUUUAACUGAAUGUUAAGUAUAGUCUAAACUGAAUACAUCCUACUUCCCUCCAUUUUAUGUACUUGUAUAUGGGUGUUAUAUCCUGAUGAGAAUAAUGAAUGGUAACUUUUGGAAUCCAUUUAUGGAUCAUUACUACACGUAUAUUUUUAUCGUAUAAUUGUUAAGUAAUUAAACUAGUCAUAUUCGUGUCCCUCUUGUCAUAAGCUUUAUUUUGACCUAUGAACUGUUAUUAUACGAUUUACCGUUCUUGAGUCAUACUCAGUCUAUCGAUUACUACCUCCCAUAUUCACAGCCUCUUUUGGUUAGAUCUUGUACAAAUGUUGUUUUCUAUUUUAUUGGUAUGAUGUGGUCUGUCUGGUUGGUAUAUAAACUCAGUAUGCUUGAAAUAAAUGAUUCAUAUUGCAGAGGCUGAGAUUUGCGUUCUGGACUUACGUGGCUGGGUUAGGCAGGAAGCAGGACCGAUAAGUAAUCUAAACUGCUCGUACGGGUUUUAUGCGUCCUUCAUGCGAUAGAUAAUUCACUGCUCUUUAAUUGGCGGUAUCAUUACGUUAUACAUUAACAGGGCACACAGACCACAAUUUAUAACAAUGGGUGUAUAUGACCCAUUAGAGAUCUUAAUAACUGUGUGUUUGCUUCAUAGAAUUGGACUAUACUAUUCAAGUCCUCCUGAAUACCAAUAUAACUUCACUCUCUUCCAAGGUAUAUUUAUAAUUGUGAUUUGUUUAUGAGUGUGUGAGCGCGCGUUUCCAACAGAUCCAAAACAAUACAAUCUAUCAUUUACUCCUAUUUUUUUUUCUAAUGCUGCAUACAUCUGAAAUCUUCAAUCAAUGUAUGACGAUUAUGUAAUCAUUGUUUCAUUGUCAUACAUUCCUAAUCAAUCGAAUGUUACAAUCACUUCUCAAUAGAACAACAUUAUUGUCAACAUUUUUGUUGUAUCAUUUUGAUAUUGUGACAUUCAGAGAUGAUACGUUUUUUUCUUUCUUCUUUUUCUUAAAGUAAAUCAAGACUAGGAAAUAUGACACUAUUGAAGUUGUUGUCAUUUCACUUAUCAGAUUGUUAUAUAUUUAUCAUCUUGUUUCUUACACAUAUAGUUUUUCAGUG